GCUCCCGGCCUCCCAGCUUUAGCCCUCCGGAUGAAGUCUUUUUUAGAACAGCUCUCUACACAGCCCCCACCUGCAGACUUCCGGCCGCUGCUCGCCACCGCCCCGCCUCCGAGGGCAGGGAUGUUGGGAUCCACCAAUCACGGAGCGCAUGUGCUCGGGUCUAAGCUGACUAGUGCGCCUGCUGGCUGGAACAUGGAGGAUUUGGAGGAAGAUGUAAAGUUCAUAGUGGAUGAGACCUUGGACUUUGGAGGGCUGUCGCCAUCUGACAGCCGUGAGGAGGAGGACAUAGCAGUGCCGGUGACUCCGGAAAAACCCCUCCGAAGAGGACUGUCCAAUCGAAGCAACCCAAACGCAGUGGCCCCGGCCCCCCAGGGGCUGCGGCUCAGCUUGGGCCCCCUUAGUCCAGAGAAGCUGGAGGAGAUUCUCCACGAGGCCAACCGGCUGGCAGUUCAGCUGGAGCAGUGUGCCCUGCGGGAGCAGCAGGGCACGGGCGAGGGCCUGGGGCCCCGCAGGGUGAAGCCCAGCCCCCGGCGGGAGACCUUUGUGCUGAAGGACAGUCCUGUCCGAGACCUGCUGCCCACCGUGAGUUCUGUGACUCAGAGCACCCCCUCCCCAAGCAGCCUGACGCCCCGACUCCGGAGCGGCGAUAAGAAGGGGUCCGUCAGGGCCCUCCGGGCGGCAUCUGGGAAGAGGCCCAGUAGCGUGAAAAGGGAGUCACCCACUUGCAAUCUGUUGCCCGCAUCCAAAAGCCCAGCAUCUUCUCCUCUCGCCCGAUCCGCUCCUCCAGUCCGGGGCAAAGCUGGGCCCGGUGGGAGGGCAACAGCAAGCCCGCCUACCCCUGUUAGACCGGUCUUGGCCCCACAGCCUCCUGCCGGCAACUCUCAGCGCCUCUCUCGGCCACAGGGAGCAGCUGCUAAGCCUUCCAGUCGGCUUCCAGUUCCUUCUGCCAUCCCCAGGCCUGCCAGCCGAAUGCCACUCACCGGCCGGAGCGUACCAGCCAGCAAAGGUGCCCUGCCUCCAGCUUCUCUGCCACCUCGGAAAGGACUUCCGCGACCAAGUGCUGUAGGGCACAGAGUUCCUGUUUCCCAGCGGCCCAGUCUUCCCAUCACUGGUGCCACUCGCAGCAGUCUGCAGCCCCCCAGGAAAGUGGCCGUCCCGGGACCCACCAGGUAAAGAGAUCAGGACAGCAAGCAGAAAUUCAGGAGCAAACCACUACAGUCACUGCCUGGACUCACCUCUACUCAACCUCCCAAGCCCUCUCAUGGAAGGCAGGCCCUGACUCCAGGCCCCGGAGCGGGAGGAAGAGAGGCCACCAGGGCUGGUGCCCCAGCAGUGAAGAGGGGUGGAUUAGGGUUGAGCUGGAGGAGACUCAAACUCUGUGGGUUGAAAGAGGAUUAGGGAAAAGAGGUCACCUCCCCCACAGCGAAAUUAACGAGCAGAAAAUGAGAAAUACAGGAGAGUGGUUUGUCCUCAUCCACCCCCACUCUUGUGUUCGGUCCCAGAGAGUUUGAUCUUCUUCCCAGGCAUUGGUUCACUGGACAUUUACAUGUGAAUGGCCUCCGUGGCUAACCUCCCUGCUCUCCGAGGAACAGUCCUGAAUCACAUCCUCUACUGGACGCUGGCCUGUUUGGAGAGGCAGAGGCAGGCACCUGGUCUCUACAACUUAUUUCCUGUGAAUUCUGUGACUCUUAAGAGGCCAGUUUCCGAUAAGCUUACAUCGGUCUGCGUUUUUCUAAAAUAAAACGAAUGUAUUUUUAUAAUUCGUGUAUAUGUGAAAGUAAAUUCUCCAAUUUCAAACAAA